CUGGAGCUCACGUUUAAUUGUUUAUUAUUCGGCGGUUGGUUUUUAAUCGUUUUACGGCUAUGGCGCUCCUUAGAAACGCGGCCAACGGCUUUUGGGGCAGUUUCCGUCGGUUUGCCAGCAGCGGGUGCACCAUUUACAGCCUCAGUUCCGGUCAUGUGAAGUGCGGCGUCUCCGUGAUCCGCGUCUCCGGGCCACAAACAAAGAAGGCGCUCCGAGCCAUUGUUGCAAAUAAAGAAUAUGAGCCAAAGGCUCGUCACGCGUAUCUAAAAUCCUUCUACCAUCCUGCCAGCAAUGAGAUGAUUGAUCGAGGCCUCCUACUUUGGUUUCCGGGGCCGUCUUCGUUCACUGGAGAGGAUUCUUGCGAGUUCCAAGUCCACGGAUCUCUGGCAGUCAUUGCUGCCAUGCUGGAUGCAUUGGGGAAAGUGGAUGGGCUACGACCAGCGGAACCAGGAGAGUUCACAAAGAGAGCCUUCUUCGGAGGAAAGCUGGAUUUGACAGAGGUGGAGGGAUUGGCCGAUCUUAUCCACGCCGAAACGGAAGCACAAAGGAAACAGGCUUUGCUGCAGAGCACGGGAGCACUGGCCCGCCUUUAUGACAACUGGCGCCGUCGACUUAUCCGGUGUGCUGCCCAUCUGGAAGCUUAUAUAGACUUCGCCGAGGAGGAGCAGAUAGAAGGCGGUAUCAUCGUUCAGCUCACAAAAGAACUGAAAGCAGUGAAGCGUGAGAUUCAAGAGCACUUAAGUGACCAGCGGCAGGGAGAGCUUCUACGCGACGGAGUUCGCACUGUGAUCAUCGGAGCUCCUAAUGUGGGCAAGAGCAGUCUGCUCAAUCUUCUCUGCCAGCGAUCCGUGUCCAUAGUGACGGAUCAGGCCGGCACUACAAGGGAUAUUAUAGAAACCAUGCAUAAUUUCGGGGGAUAUCCCGUUGUAUUUUCUGAUACGGCAGGUCUACGCCGGUUUACUACGGAUAGUAUAGAACAAGAGGGAAUGCAGAGGGCAAAGGACUGCCUAAUCCAAUCCGAUUUGAUAUUACUAUUAGCAGAUGCCAAGAAUAUUACACAAUUGACGCACGAUGAAGCUGUUGCUCCAUUUGUGGAUAGUUAUCUAGAGGAGUUAGAUAUACCAAUGGAUUUGUGCUCGGGGAAGCGACUUCAGUUGGUGGCAAACAAAACUGAUACUUUAUCGGAUGAAGAGUCCCAACAGUUGGACAAGCUAUCCAAUGUUUUAGCCAUAUCAUGCCAUAAACCCGAUAAGAUGCCCGUAUUUCUGGGAUCUCUAGAGAAGCAGCUGCAAGAAUUGUGUGGUGAACCCCGGGCGGAGAAUCCACGCAUCACAAACUCACGCUAUCGGCAACAACUGGAGCGCUGCAUUCAAAACAUCGACAUCUUUCUGCGCGAUUACAGACCCGAUGUUUACCCGGACAUGGCCAUUGCCGCCUCCAAGCUGCGCAACGCCGUUCGCUGCAUUGAACGCAUCACCGGACACAUUAGCUGCGAAGAUAUACUCGACGUCGUCUUUAAAGACUUUUGUAUUGGAAAGUAAUUGAUAGUUUUUAGUAGUUAGGCUCAAAGAUUUUAAAGUACUGCCUCGUUGAGUAUUGAAUAAAAUAUACAUACAGUUUAAACCA